AUGUUAUGGGAUUCGAAAGAUCCAGAUCAUCUAAAUAAAAUCAAGCGAGAAGAUUGCUGGAGGAAGAUCUCUAAGCAAAUGAAGUUACCUAUACCCGAGUUGAAAAAGAAACUUGACUCUACAUACGACCAAAAGCAAGGUAAUAUCACUGGUUCAGAGCAAUCCUUCUCAACAACCAGGACCAUCACAACAACUUAUGCCAUCGCCACAACAACCCGAGCCAUCCCCACAAGAACCCACGCCAUCCCCACAAGAACCCACGCCAUCGCUACAAGAACCAUUGCCACCGCCACAACAACCAUUGCCAUCGCCACAACCAUCGCGAAAGAAAAGACUGCUGAAUACGAAUGCACCAAAUGA